AUUUGCUUGGUAUCAUUGUCACUAUUUGCAGGGGACGAGCUUCUCUUGAGUAAAAAUCGAUUACUUUUAGAUGCAAUUGCAACAAAUCUAAAGGAUCAAAACCUGACAACCAAUAUCGACUCAGCAAAGCGACAGAUUCAAGUGCGAGGGCGGGAGUUAUGUUAAAAUUCUAAAAAACACGACAAAGGAAAGACACGCCGCAAAAAGAAAGCAGAGUGGCUUGGCGAUAUAAAAAGAUGUUGUUGGAUUUGCACUGAGACUGAGAAAUCAAGCCGUUAGAAGCUCAAAAGGAUUGGAUUUUGGUUCCAUUCGCGGGUUACAAGGGAUCCGUUUCUGCUCCUUGAGAGUGCAUAAUUGUACUCUGCUGAACAGACGUAAAGUAAAAUCACUUUUCUUGACUUAUCGCGUUGUUUGGGGUCAACUAGACGUGACCAAAAUAUUCUGGCAUGAUUUUAACGUAAUAUAACUGUUCGGGUCGGUUUAAACUCUCCUAAUCGCUCGACAACAAGGCUCUUAACAAGAGCUAAGUUGCAAAAACCAAUUGUCGGCUUGAGAAGACACAGAUUACUACUACGCGUCGUUUAAGCCAGACAUGGAGGAGGCUGAAGAGAAAACAGAAACAGAUGUAGAGAAACCGCAAUCCACAAAUGCCAAUCUAGAGCAGAGUGGUAGAAAGCUGUCCUUAAAAGAUAUAAGACGAUACGAAAAGAAAACACUAUUGUGUCCGGGGGGAUGUGGAAUUGAGCUAGAGCUUGGUGAUAUUCCCAAGCAUGAUUGUAUUAGAGAUUUAAGGCAAAGGCUUGAGAGCUUGGACAACAGUAGCAGCAAAAGCAAGUACAGUACGUCGAACGAUCAAGGCGGGGCAAUGGAAGCAGUGUACAAAGAGCAGCUGGCGUUGCAGGAUCGUAAAAUAGAGCAAAUGUCUACCGAGAUAAAGGAGCUGCUUUUAGAAAGGUCGCGUCGCGAUGAGAUUUUCAACAACAAAGAAACGUUCUACAAGGAGCAGAUUGCAGCGCUAAAGGAGCAAGUUGCUAAAUUGGAGAAAAGGCUUCAACCAAGGAGGCCUCCCAAUCACGAUGAUGAUCCGUUCGAAGAAGGUAACGAAGCGAAGGAAUGGGCUUUUAGAUACGACAAGUUACUCGCUGAGAAGAUAACACUGGAAACACUAUUCCAGAGACGUGAGCGGGAAUUUCAGCGAGAAGUAGAAGCGCUCAAAGAAGAGGCCGCAAUGCUCAGAGAAAGUUUGCACCUGGAGAGAGAGAUGCUGUCGCUGGAGCACGAUCAUGAAACCUUCAACAAGUUAGCGAGCUUAACAGACCAGCUUGAGUCCCUGGUACAGCAUAAGAACCAACAGAGAGCAAAACACAAGCACCAUAAGGCGUCCAAGGAGAUCAGAAUAGGACAACAUAUUACAAAUGGUAGGAUUCGGAAACGCAUGCCUAACUCUGUUGGCAGCUCAAACUCUGAAUUCGAUGAGGAGGAAGAUGUGGACAUGGAAAGACUCAGUAAUUAAACAACAGUGAAACUGAAAGAGUGCCUAACAACUUUAAUAGAUCCUCGGAAUCUAACAUCUACAGAGCUGUUUAUUAUAAUCGUUUAUUUCUUUGUUUGAGUGGCCAUGGAGCCGUUAACAAUACGUAGUGCCCCAGGGUAAAAUAAGUUGUUUAUAAAUAAUUUUGUAACUAAUAAUCAAACUUCAAGGUGUCGUGAUAUUUUCUGUUAAAUCUGGAUCUGGCUAUUGCCGGAUCUCCAGUCGCGGAUAACAGUACUGAUGAUGACAAAAACUAUUGUUUUACUUUGUUUUUCAGUAUUUUGAAAUAUUUGGCUCACAUUGUAUUCCAUCACCAGUUGUGGUUAAAAUCUGUGUGUUUCAAACUCGAUGUUGUUGUUAUUCUACGUAUCCCAAGGAAAAUGUUAGCCGUAAAACAAUUUUCUGCAGUUGUCCAGCAGAAAACAUUGCUGGUUGACUGUUUGUAAUUAGAGACUCAUUAAUGAUCCAAUAAUCAUGCUGCCCAGGUCACGCUACCUUAGGCAAGCGAGAGGCGAAGCACAAUUCAAUCAGUCUGAUCAGUUGUCUGAAGAGGUCAAUCGAUACUGAGGUGAUCCCUGAGUAAAAUGUGCUUUUAAAGGAUGGUUUUUUCAGGAUAUAUAUCAUGGAGAAAUCCUCAAGAUGUAAGCUCUUUAAUAGUUUUUCUAUUUUGUCAAACUCAAAGAGAGAGAGUUUGUUCAAAAAAUGUAAACAAAAGCGCUACAGCUACGUAGCUCUGGGAGGGGAGGUAGCAGUAAUCAGAGGUCUUAUCACAUUAAUUACACGGCUAAGUACAACG